UUUCCCCAACGAUACCCUCAAAAAUAAGAAAACCAAAAAGAGUAGGAAAACCCAAAACCUAAGCCCCCUCACUCCCGAUGACGGCGCCGGAGAUCCUGGAGGUGCGGUGCGCCGGCUGCGGCGAGACGCUGGAGGUGGAGCAGGGGAUGACGGAGUUCGCCUGCCCCGGCUGCGCCAUGCCGCAGGCCCUCCCGCCGGAGCUCAUGCCGCCGCCGCCGCCGCGCCCGCGCCGCGCCCUGCCGCUCCACCACGGCGGGGGUGCUAGGGACCAGAUGCCGUGCGGCGGAUGCGGCGCUGUGCUUGCCGUGCCGCGGGGCCUCUGGCGCAUCACCUGCCCGCUGUGCGCCUCCGACCUCGUAGCCGACGGCGACCGCCUUCGGCUGCACCAAGCCGGCGUACAGGUCAUUUCGCCUGCGGCCGUUGCUUCCAUCGCGUCCACGUCCCUGCGGCGGUCGGAGGAAGAGCCCAGAAGCCAAGCGAUUCACGUGGGACAGGUGCAAGUAGGAAGGUACAAUAAACCAAUCCAUUUUGAGCAGGAACGUGAACCCUCUUUAGCUCGUUCAGUUCAUGAAGAGUCAACCAAUUCACCCAGAUCAAACCCAAAGAUAGCAGUUCAUGUGCGAUGUGCAAAAGAUGCACCUGUUGAUCAGUUAUUUCAUAGAGAUGAGCCACACAUUAAAUUACCCAAUGGAACUGUUCCCAGACAUGAUUUUAAGAAGAAAGGUGAUCUAUCUGCUAGUCCUGGAUCCAUUUGUGCAGAGAGGAUAGUGCUGGACCAUCCUAGUAAGGUCAGCAACGCACUGCGAUCACAAGGUGGGCCUUCCAUUCAUUCAUUUCAUACAGAGGCAGUACAUGGGCAGCAUCAAAGUAACAUCAUUGGAAAUCAUGAAAACCAGAAAGCUAGACAUGCUUCAGUGGCUAGUAUUGUGGAGCAGGAAAUAGUAAAGCCUCCGAGUCACACUGCUUCUGGAAAACAGGUGCAUACUGAGUCGCAUGGUAACACAACUGGACGGAAUCAGAAGAGGAAAAGGAGCAGCUGGACUACUGGUGGGAAGCGCAAGAAAAAACAUAUGGGCUCAGACAAAGAGCUUCAUCCUAAAUGUAAUAAGUAUUCAGCUGCCCAGCCAGAAUAUACUCCAAAUAGCAAUACUGUUCAGGAGCCAGUUUCUUCCCCGGAUGAAAAUCAGUUUAAUCCUGCAGAUGUUGACAGAAUAAUUGCCAAUCUUUACCCUACUUCAUUAUCUCAGAAGCAGGCACCUCUAGGGGGAUCACACGUGUUGGACAACAUUGAUGCAACCUUGCCUUGUGUCUCUAGAGAUCAUGGUACAUCUCCAGUGAACCAUGUUUCACGGUGCCACUGUCAAUGCUCAGCAGAUGCUAUGGGUGCUCUUGCUAACCGGAGUUUCAAUUCAGAACAGGAGCAUGAGAUUCCUCAGGGAAGUUCCAAUGGGAUUUGCCCUCAUCGUAAAAAUGGUGCACAAGGGCAACAAAUACAAGAUGACAGUCAUCCCAUGCAGGUGGAAGUUGAGUGUCACCACAACAAAGCUGCAGGACAACACAAGAGUGUAGCAAAAGGCCGCAUGCAUUCGCCAAAUGAGAGGGACUAUAUUGAAAACCGGUCUCGCACUGGUAUUCUCCAGCAGGUGGCCGUAGCUACUGCCUGCUGUCAUCCUACACCAUCACCGCUGUUGACCGCUACCCGCUUGCCCAGUACCACUGUUCCUUCUGUCACAAGAUCAUCAGUUCAUCGAUCACCACCAUAUUGCGAACCACCAGAAACUAUCCAUUCCCAGGAUGCUCAUGCUCCUGGCAUGGGAUAUAUGAAAUCUAAAGUGCGCAAGGGGAGGGGCCCUGCAAAACUCACUGAACCACGUAGGGUAGCUGACAGGCCUGUGCUGACUCCGACUAAUGUGGACACAUGGGAUAUCGACCCUCCUUGUCCCAAGGUGGCCUCUACCAUCACUUUACUUCUCAAGCAGUGGCACCCAGGGUCAACUUACGUAAUGGCUUGUCAGCAAACAAACGAAGUACACCCAGAACAAUUGGUUCUCCACUUUCACCAGUAUCAUUCGGAUAGAAGGGCUAUCAUCUUGGAUGAGUUCCUUCGACGUUACAAGUGGGCCCCUGGGCGGGAGGCAGAGUGCCUGAAGCUAUUCGACCGCAGAACAGUCAGACAGUUCACUGGACUCCUGUGUGAUGAGAAGCGAAAGGCUAGAGUGAAGUUGUUUGCAUCAAGGAAAGUGAAAGGAGCUUCGGAUGCUACCAGGUCCAAUGGACAGUCAAAUUUGGAUGACAAGGGUGCUAGCAAAAAGUCGAAGCUGCCGCGCAGAGACCCGGCAGGUGUAGGGCAUGAGGAUGACGACCCUCUUCAGUGGAAGCAGUUCCCUCCUGAAUGGAUGCUGCCAAAGUGGUGGGAGAUGCUAUGUGAGCACUGGGCUUCAGAAGAAAAUUUGCAGUUCUCUGUAACGCCCCGAUCUGUGUCGCAGGCGACCAGAGUAGGCAGAGGGGGAUCUGGGGAAGGGGGAUGAGAUAAACUGGAGAAGGGGAUGAGCAGAGGAGAGAACAGAGGAGGGGAAAUAGUUCACUUCUUCAGACUUGCCGAUACACGCCCAUCUCCAAGGCUUUAAGUACACACGCACGCCAACUGGCCCGGGCCCUAUGCGGCAACAGGUGGGACCACACACGCUUACACUUGGCAUGCCAACUGGCAGUCACACGGUGGUAUGCAGCACCGGGGUGACAUUCUCCCCGCCUUGAGAAACGGCCCCUUCUUCGGAGUUACUGUCUUCCCAGAUUGGUGACUGUGGAUAGCGACGUCGAAGAACUUCAUAGUCUUCCCAGGUUGUCGACGGAGGAGUUGUGUUCCAUGCCACCUGCACCUGAACCACUGGUGCGUCUCCUCUCUUCAUCAUCCUCCGAUCCAAAAUCUGAACUGGGUUAGAGUCCACUGCUGAUAAGUCGACGGUCGCAGGCAGUUCGGAGAACACUGGUGUAUAAUUGGGUGUGAACGGCUUCAGCUGGGACACAUGGAACACAGGGUGAAUGCGACUGUCGGGCGGCAGCUCCAGCUUGUAUGCCGAGGGACCAAUUUUGGCGCUGAUGGUGAAUGGUCCGAAGAACUUGAACGCCAGCUUGGCGCACGGGCGGCUGGCCACCGAUUUCUGCACAUAGGGUUGCAGUUUCAGCAGUACCUGCUCCCCAACCUGAAAGACGCGCUCAGUGCGAUUUCUGUCUGCAAACUUUUUGUACUUCUGUUGCGCCCGAGUCAACUGUGCCUGCAAGUUUUCCUUGUGCAGUGCCCAAUCCCACUGCUCCCCUUCCGGCAAUGAUGCUUGUGUUGCCGGCCAUGUUGCCAUGCUGCCCUCGUUGGCAUCCACCCCAUACAGAGCCUUGAACGGAGAGCAACCCAGAGAAGAGUGGAAAGAGGAGUUGUACCAGAAUUCUGCAGAGGGCAGCCAGCGACACCAUUGCGUGGGAGUGUCGUGAACAGCGCAGCGCAAGUACAUCUCCAUGCACUGGUUCACGCGCUCGCUUUGUCCGUCCGUCUGGGGGUGAUAGGCAGUGGAGUAGAGGAGUUUGGUGCCCGCGCUGGCUAGCAGUUCCCGCCAAAGCACGCUGGUGAACACUUUGUCGCGGUCGGAGACGAUGGAGGAGGGAAUGCCGUGCAGCUUGACGAUGUUGUCCCAGAACACUCUUGCCACUCGUGUCGCCGUGAAUGGGUGUCGCAGGGGCACAAAGUGUGCAAGCUUGGUGAAACGGUCAGACAACCACCAUGAUCGUGUCAUACCCUUCGGACUUGGGCAAGCCCUCGACGAAGUCCAUUGUCAGAUCACGCCACGGGGCUGUCGGAAUGGGCAGGGGUGCCAACUUGCCCGCUGGUUUAUGCAAUUCAUGCUUCGCCUGUUGACAAAUCUGGCACUGCCGCACAUAAUCUUCAACAUCAUGUUUCAGACCCUUCCACUCAAACAGCUUCUUGACUCGGUGGUAAGUUGCUGUCGAGCCAGAAUGGCCCCCCACGGCACUGUCAUGCAGAGCGCUGAUCAGUUUGGUGCGCAGGGCUGUGUUUGCGCCGAUCCACAGCCGCCCGCGACGGCGAAUGACUCCACGGUACAGCUCGUACUCCUCGUCGUCCGGACUGUGCAGCGCGAGCUGCUGAAUCUUUUCCUGGGCAUCUGGAUCCGUGGCAUACGAAUUGGCCACUUCCUGAAUCCAUGUUGGCUGGCAGAGGGACAGAGCAUUGGCGCUGUAGUGACUGCCCACGCGAGAGAGAGCAUCCGCCGCGCUGUUGUCGACGCCCUUCUUGUACUGGAACUUGAAUUGGAGGCCGGCCAAUUUGGACAUGGCGCGGCGCUGGACAUCGGUCACCAGAUGCUGGUCCCCAAGCGUGCAUAAGCUUUUGUGGUCCGUGACAAUGGUGAACGGCCCGCGUUGCAGGUAAGAGCGCCAUUUGUCCACGGCCAUCAUGACGGCCAAGAACUCUUUCUCGUAGGUGGAGAGCUUUUGGUUCUUCACGCCCAACGCCUUGCUGUAGUAUGCGAUGGGGUGACCGUCUUGGACGAGCACGGCACCGAUGCCGGUGUCGCAGGCGUCGGUUUCGAUGGAGAAAGGCUUGUCGAAGUCGGGAAGGGCGAGCACCGGCGUGGUCACCAUCGCCUUCUUGAGCGUGUCGAACGCGAGCUGCGCCGACUCGGGCCAUGCAAAGCCUUUCUUGGUGAGCUGCUGGGUUAGCGGCUUGGCAAUGAUCCCGUAGUGGGGGACGAACUUGCGGUAAUAGCCGGUGAGCCCCAGAAAGCCACGGAGCUCGGUGGCAUUGUUUGGAGUAGGCCACUGCGCCAUGGCGUCUGUCUUCUCAGAAUCAGUCGCGACGCCCUGCUUGGAGAUGACGUGACCCAGAUAAUCAAUGUGAUCUUGCGCGAACGAGCACUUGGACAUCUUGGCAUAUAGCUGGUGCUCGCGGAGCAAGUUGAGGACGAUGCGGAGAUGUUCCAAGUGGUCCUCGAGUGUCUCACUGAAAACAAGGAUGUCGUCAAGAAAAAUGAUGACAAACUUACGGGUAUACUUGGCGAAGAUAGCGUUCAUCAGGCAUUGGAACGUGGCCGGAGCAUUUGUCAACCCGAAUGGCAUGACUCUGAAUUGGAAAUGGCCGUGGUGAGUUUUGAAUGCUGUCUUGUGUUCAUCCUGUUCGCGCAUGCGAAUUUGAUGGUAGCCUGCGCGCAGGUCAAGCUUGGAGAAGAAAGCCGCUCCGGCAAGUUCAUCGAGUAGCUCGUCGACGACGGGCAAGGGAAACUUGUUCUUCACGGUCACGUCAUUGAGACGCCUGUAAUCCACGCAGAAUCGCCAGGUGCCAUCCUUCUUCUUCGCAAGCAAAACUGGCGCCGCGUAUGGACUGACCGAGUGCGUGAUCACACCGGCGUCGAGCAUUUCUUUGACCUGCCGCUCAAUCUCGUCCUUUUGCAAUGGAGAGUAGCGGUAGGGCCGUGUGUUGGUUGGCUGGGCUCCAUCUUCCAAUGUGACCGCGUGAUCAUACUGCCUGUGAGGAGGCAAGCCGGUGGGUGCGGUGAACACGUCGCUGAAUUCUUCCAGGAGAUCGUUGAUGGGCGUCUGCGAGGGCUUGCGUGGUCUUGGUUUGGGGGGCUGCAUCUCGACCAUGGCCAUUGCCCAGAUAUCAUUGCCGGCGAUCAACUUGCAUAGUUCUGCCGGUUGCACCGCUGCGAGAGUGGGUGUCGACUUUGGACGAACACCUUGUAGCUUGACUGUCUCACCCUCGUGCAGGAAGGAGAUGAAUUUCUCCUGCCAGUGGCAAGUCAUUGGGCUGUUCUUCUCCAACCAGUCCAUGCCUAGGAUUCCAUCGUAUGCGCCUGUGUCGAGCUGGUACAUCGGCGUCGAGAACGUGUGGCCCUGCAUCCACCACUGGAGCUCCGAAACUUGGCGCGAGCAGGUUAGUCGGUCGCCGUUGGCCACCCGCACAUCCAAUGUGGCGAUCUCUUGCGUUGUCGCCCCAACGCGCUCGACGAACGACUUGUUGACGAAGCUGUGGGUGCUCCCAGAGUCCAGUAGAAGGAGCAUAACUUGGUUGCCCACAAGCGCGCGGAGACGGAUUGUACUUGGCGCCUCCGAGCCAUCCAGGGCGUGCGCUGAUAUUGUGCAACACUCUGGAGGGGGUGCUUCUUGUUGGGGUGCAUCGAGCAGGUCGAGUGCGUGCACGGUGUCGUCGGUGAGCAGCUCCCCGUAUGCGCCCACUUGGAUGGUGAGGAGCUGGGCCUGCGUGUUGCAGCGGUGAUCACGAGUGUACCGGUCUCCGCACUUGAAGCAGAGUCCGUUGGCGCGCCGGAACUCCUUGAGUUGUCGUUCACGGGCGUAGUCGUCGGGCUGUUGGCGGGGCGUGGCCGGCGGUCGGGCGGGCACAGGUGGUGGUGGGCGGCCCUGCGGCUGCGGCCGUGGACGCGCCCUGGGCGUGUUCAGCUCCUCCUCUUGAAUGCGUGCGAGAAUGGACGCACGCGUGAUGCUGUUGGGCGCCUGCAGCCGGACUGCUGCGCGCAACUCGUCCUUGAGGCCCAGCAAAAAUUGAGUGAUGAAGAAUUUGUUGCUGAGAGAUGGGUCGAGUGCCAGGAGAUGAUACAUGUAUGUAUCGAACUCCUUGCGAUACUCGCUGACCGUGCCAAUCUGACGGAGCUGCAACAAUUUGUGCAUCUCCAUCUCAAAUUCGUCGACCCCGAACUCCUCUUGAAUCGCAGCGCAGAACGCAUUCCAACCGAGGCCGCCAUGUGUUUGGCGAAAUGCCUGAAGCCAGUGAGCCGCUUGCCCUUCAAUGUAUAGUGUCGCCGUGGUCACCCAACUCGCGGGCGGCACAUGGUAGAGGUCGAAAUACGCCCGGCAGCGGUCGAGCCAGAGGUAAGGCGCGCUGCCAUCGAAGCGAGGGAAGUCGUGCUUCGGCGGCUUGACGUAGUGGUCACCGUGGUGCUGCUGCUGGUGGUGCGCCUCGCCGAUCUGGUGGUACUGCUGGUGCUGGGAUUGGACGCCGGGUUGUGGUGCUGUGGCCAACAGGGGCGGGCGCUGGUCUGAGAGGCGCGGAGACGGCGGCGGCCCAUGUUGGUGCUGUGGCGCCGGGGCCUGGGGCCGCGGAGGUGGUGGUGGUGGUGGAUGGAGCACGGUCGGGGAGUGCGAUUCCGACGGUGAGGGCGAUCUCUCCAGCGCCUUGCGAGUCUCGUCGACAUCCGCCUGCGUGAGAUCGACUUGCUUGGCGAGGGAGCGCAGAUCUUGCGAGACUUGGGUGUUGAAGGCGAUCUGCGCCUCGAGCCGCUUGUCGCUGUCGACCUUCUGUUCGUCGAGGCGCGCGAGAAUCGUCUCCAUCAUGGCCUUGAGGCUGGUGGUGUUGUCGUCCAUGGCCGCCAGCAACUGCCGGGUCUGGACGGAGGGCUUGGACGGUGCCGUCUCGCACCCCUGCUAGAUCGAACCCCGCCGGGGAUUUUGCGUGAUCUCGCCGGAGCAAGUCACACCCGAGGCGGUGGAUGUUACCGAUCCAAAUCAGGAGGCAGCAGCGAAAAAAAAUUUGGGGCAGGAUCGGAGGCUCUGAUUACCAAUUGUAACGCCCCGAUCUGUGUCGCAGGCGACCAGAGUAGGCAGAGGGGGAUCUGGGGAAGGGGGAUGAGAUAAACUUGGAGAAGGGGAUGAGCAGAGGAGAGAACAGAGGAGGGGAAAUAGUUUACUUCUUCAGACUUGCCGAUACACGCCCAUCUCCAAGGCUUUAAGUACACACGCACGCCAACUGGCCCGGGCCCUAUGCGGCAACAGUGGGACCACACACGCUUACACUUGGCAUGCCAACUGGCAGUCACACGGUGGUAUGCAGCACCGGGGUGACAUUCUCUGCCCUGAUGAGGAAGAAUCGGUUCACAGGAGGCUCCGCCCGGCACACAGCAGGCUCCCGGAGCAUAACCAUGCAUCGCAAACUUAUGAUGAUAGAGAAUGGUGGGAAGUCGGUAUCGGAAGUUGAACUAUUUAAUAAGACCCAUAAACAUGGCGGCGGUAAGGGGGUAUUUGUUACCGAGAAAGCAAGGCGAACUGUGGAGGCCUUCCAGAGGCGUUUAGAGGAGGCAGGUGAUACUGAACUAGACCCCCAUGUUGUAUGGUCGGAGGAGGUAGGGGGCCGUAACCGAGGGAGGUACUAUGGACUCCCUGGUAUCAUUGACAAAGGUCGGAUAGGCAACUUGUCAAAGUCCAUCCCAGGUUCUUUAGGUCGAAAGAGAAGGCAGCUGUUCACACAGGAUCAGGUGCAGGAGAUGAUCAAUCACGCCACACGGCAGAUGAAUGAAACUUGGGAGAACAGGUUUCAGUCUUUGGAAAAGAGUAUGCGUGGCAUGGCAUCAUCGGAUGUUUCACAGCAUGCUUCAGCAGCUGGACCUGGGGCUGAGGAUGACGAGGCAUCACACGAGCAUACAUCGGAUUCUACUGACGAUGGAACAUAUCAAUCCGCAGAAGAUGACAGUGGGGAGCAUAGUGGUGAUUAGGAUUUAGGAGCACAGGAGUCGCAUUUCGGCGCAAUUGCUUUGUGCAGAUAGUCUGUUUUCAUUUUGUGCACACUGUUUUUUGUAUAUAUUGGAGUAUGGAAAUAUUGUGCGUUAUUCAGUUUUACUCCCUCUGUCCCAAAAUAAGUGUCUUGAGCUUAGUACAUAUUUAUACUAGAGCCAGUACAAAGUCGAGGCACUUAUUUUGGGACGGAGGGAAUAUUAUUUUAGGUGUAUUUUUUAUGUACAUCCUCUGUUCAGAAAUGUAAGAUGUUUUGGCAGUUA